AUGGGUGAACGACGUGGAUCUAUCAAAAUGAUGACCGCCGAGGAGGCUCGAAGCGCGCUCACUCCUCAACAGGUUGACGACUUCCAGUCGGCAUUUAACAUCUUCGACUCCGAUGGAGGAGGAGAAAUCUCCACCCGGGAAUUGCUCAAGGUUUUCAAGAUGCUUGGCUUUACUCCAACCAAAGAUGAACUUGACGAAAUCAUCGAAGUCGUUGACCAGGACGGCUCUGGCGAGAUCGACUUUGACGAGUUUCUCAUCAUGAUGGUUAUGCAGCUCAAGGAAGAAUCCAAAUCUCAGGACGAGACAGUUCUCAAGGACGCUUUCCGAAUUCUUGACAGUGACAAAGACUCCUACUUGUCUGUCGCCGAACUCGGAGUAGCUCUUGCUGGCGCAGCAUCUGAGGAAGAAAUCAAGGAGCUCUUCGAUGAUGCCAAUAAGAAGGGAGACGGCAAACUUGACAUGGAUGAGUUCCUCGCUGCCCUCCAAGCUAACGGCCAUUAA